AUGGCGAAGUGCGAUCUCUACUGGAAGGUCAACGAGUACCACGGCAUCGGCAAAGAAGGACUCAAAGCUCUCCUCGAGGCACGCGGCAACCACGUCACAGCUGGCUCGUCAAUUCGCAAGCUUUCGAGCGAGUUGUGGCGCCGCGAUCUCGGCCAAGUUGACUAUGGCAAGUGCGAGACAGAGGACUUGCGCGCUUUUGUGGUAGCACGCAGAAUUGCCGUGAAAGGCGAGGCCGAGAAGACUCCACGCGAGCAACUCAUAGACCAGCUCGAGGCCAGAGACGAAGAGCCACAGUUUACAAAGUCCCUGGAUCUACCUGCGGAGAUGAGGAAUCGAGUCUAUGAGCUGUACUUCGCAAGUUUCGAGGAUCCAAUUUGGGUCCCGGCUCCUCCACCUCUCACACAAGUCUCUCAAGUCAUCCGCACUGAGACCAUCGGCAUGUUCUACAGCAGCUGCACAUUCGGCAUCAUCUGCCACGACAAUAAUUGCCGCGAUGGAUCUGAACCUUUUGACUACCGGGUGUCAGACUCCUGGUGGAUGUUCCUCGGCGAGCACAGCCAAAAGGUCAACCAGAUCGAGAGGCUAAUCAUACGAUUCUCUUACUGCUUCAUGCUGGAGCAUCACGAAGAUUGCCUUGGCCAGACCGUUAUGUCAAUGACUGCUAAGAGCGUUGCCUUCGAACCUUGUCAAGACUUCGAGCUGUCGGACAGGGGCCCACUGGACAAAACGAUUGACGGCGUGGUGCAGCAGCUCAAAGACGCGACAGAAGACCGCCGUUUGGAUCACAAGAACAUCAUGGCAUUGAUCACCGGGAUGCAGAACUCUCUGAAUGCAUAUUGA